AUGAUCCCCUCGAUACAGAACCUCCUCGCCGUGGCCCUGCUUGGGCUGACAGCCCUCCGAGUCGUCGACGCUCAGGAUGCAAAACUGGUGGGCACAUGGACGACCAAGUCCAAGAAAGUCCUCACCGGGCCCGGGUUCUACGAUCCCGUCGCCGAUAGAUUAAUCGAGCCUGAGUUCGCGGGCAUUUCGUACUCCUUCACGGCCGAUGGCUUCUUCGAGUCCGCAUAUUACAGAGCCAUUCCCAAUCCCACAACACCACAAUGUCCCUCCUCGAUAAUGCAAUGGCAGCACGGCACCUACUCACUCCCAGGAGACGGGUCGAUCGUGAUGACGCCGUUCGCCGUGGACGGGCGUCAACUGACAUCGUCGCCGUGCCAGUACGACACGGCCAUCUACGUGCGCUACAACCAGCCGGAGACGAUGAAGCGCUACGAGGUGAUCACGGACCCGUUCCACAACGUGCCGCGCCUGAACCUGUUUCGAUUCGACGGCGCGCCCCUCCAGCCCAUGUACCUGGUCUACAGCCCGCCGCAGAUGCUGCCGACACAGACGCUGAACCCGACGGCCACGGCCACCGGUGCCAAAGCCAAGAGAACCCUCGACGGCGGCGACGGCGGAUCCCAGCACCCCAUCAUCGAGCCCCUGAAUAAAAACGCCUUGGUCGACCCCGUCAAGCCCCAUAACGCCGAUACCUGGUGGUGGGCCGGUGUUGGCCUCACGGCCCUUGGCACCGUCAUGUACAUGAUGCCCACGUCAUAUUGA